AUGUCACAGCACGAAGCUUCUUCUCGAGCGAUUCUGGAAAACGGGAUAGAAGAAGGGCUUGGAGACUCAUCGCAAACUGCUCCAAUUGCUUUCCUUCAAGAUGUGGAGAUGGAGAUAGAGGAAAAUACGUUGAGGACAAACCCUACGACAACCACGAUCCGUCAUUAUGAAGACCAAAUGCUUCCGAGUAUGACGACGUCGUUGUUUAGGGGAGCGGAAGAGGAAUCAUCUUCAGAAAUUGGAAAUGUUAUGGAAGAUACAAUGGCAGAAGUUCCGAUUAAUCAAGGAGGAGAUGCAGAUGGAGAUGGAGAUGGUCAAACGGUGAGAAUGGGUAAUAUGCAGCCACCGAUUAAUAUCACGAGGGCAUUGAGAAUUUCGAAUGAUUUUUCGGCGAAUUCUUACAUAGGUUCGAGUUCAAGUUCGAGGGAAAGAGAUGGGGGUGUUGUGCCUGUAUGGUCGCCUUCCACUUCUAGUUUCUCGGAGACAUUUGUUUGUGAAGAUAUGUCUUAUUUGCAAAGGAAUACGCAAUCUCAUCAAUUAAUCAACAACUGGAGGCGGCUUACACAAAAAUGGUUCAACCAGAUGUUUAAGGGGAAAGUAAUUGCAGGAAGAAGUGUUGUGGAUGAGUCUAUGCUUACAGGAGAGUCUCUUCCUGUUUUUAAGGAAAAAGGGCUUUUUAAAUUGGAUAAUAUUCUUUGA